GGCGCGUUCCCCCCGUGCGUCCCGGACGCCCCCCAGGUCACCCCCAUCUACCCCGACUGUAACCUGCCGGUAAGUGGGGAGGGUCCCCCCAAAAACCCACCCCUCCCCCAUCGGGGGGGUCCCCGGGGGGCUCGAAAUCCUCACAAACCACCCAAAUCCCCCCCAAACCCCCCAAAUCCCCCCUCCAGGUUCCACAUCAACCUGCGGGCGGGCCCGGGGGGCGACGUGCUGCUGCACCUGAACCCGAGGAUGGAUGAGGGCGACGCCGUGGUCCGGAACUCCUUCCUGGGGGGCAGCUGGGGCCACGAGGAGCGGGACAUCUCCUGCUGCAGCCCCUUCCAGCGCGGCCGCUACUUCGACCUGUCGAUCCGCUGCGGGAACCAUCGGUUCAAGGUGUUCGUCGAGGGGCAGCCGCUCUUCGAUUUCCACCACCGGGCGCCCGCCGGGCCCCACGUGGACGUGCUGGAGAUCGAGGGCGAUGUCGUCCUGUCCUAUGUCCAUUUCUGACCCACAAGUGUCCUGUCACUGCCCCAUAACUGCCCUGUAAUUGCCCCAUAACUGCCCCGUA